UCAGAGACAGGCAGAGAGAGAGAGAGAGAGCCUGAAAGAUGGCCGAACCGUGAGUCCUCUUUUACAAGAAGUCUUUAUAUAUACACAUAAAAAUAUACACACACAUUGCAUGUUUUUUCUCCCCUGUGAACUGAAAGCAGAUUAAGAAACCAACUCCACCAAAAAUAUAACAGCAUCAGAUCCAAUCAGUCAGAAAGUGCAAUCCAGGACUGUCUCGAAGGCUUGCAAGAAAAAAACCCGGGUUCCAACAAUUUAAAAAGAGCCGAGAAAAACAACAACUUAAACUGAAUUUAAUGGAUAGAAAUUAUCCCACUUCUGGAUUUGGAGAUCCCCUAGGUGCUGGGCAAGGAUGGAGCUACGACAGAUCACCGUCAGGAGUGAAAGCCAGUCUGGUAUAUGGAGGGUCUCGCAGUUCACAUCCCGAAACAGACAUUCUACACAGACAAGCUUAUGCGACACCUCAUCCUCUUCAAGGCUAUGCAACCAAUCAUCAUCCUGCUGGCCUGUCGGGGCUAUUUGAGACCGGGCUUCACCACGCUGGCAGCACCACCCCAGACGCCUCUGUCAUGAACCUCAUCUCUGCUCUGGAAUCACGGGCACCACAGCCUGGACCCUCUGCUUCUUCCCUCCUCUCGCAGUUCCGAACUCCAUCCUGGCAGACAGCCAUGCACACCCCGGGACCCGCUGAAUUAUUCAUCUCUGGAGCUAUUCCUGGUUCUGGGACUUUUCCAUCGUCAUCUGCGCUCUCAGCCUAUCAACACCCAGCCUCCUUCAGUGGGCGGAGUUUCCCCGUGACCUCGUCGUUGACUCUUCAGGAUGCCACCUUCAGCCCUAGCUCCAACGGCCUGCUCUCGCCACAUGAUCCGCUGCUGCACAUCAAGUCCUCUCAAUCCAGUGUCCCGUCCUCCCUGACCUUUGACCGCCUGGGCAGCGCCGUCCUAGGCACGGGCCUGCCAUCUCAGAGCUCGGCGUACCGCACAGCGCAGGAGUCGGCCUCCCGGCACCUGCAGUCACAGUUUAACCUGCUGUCGUCGCCUUUGGGACCUUCGGAGCAGGCCUCGCAACUCUACAACACCUCGGUCUUCUCCAGCUCACCGGCCUCGGGCAUCGAGAGGGCCAUCCCACGGCAGGAUAGCGUCAUCAAGCACUACCAGCGGCCUACCGGUGCCCAGGCCCAGCUGCCUGCCUCUCACCACUCCCUGCAGCACUACCUCAGCUGUGGGGGGAGCCAUAGCUUCCAGCAGAUGCCCAGGCACUCCACGCUGUCGUGCAGCCCGCUGGGCGAUCAGUCCCCGGUGAGCAGCGAGGGCGGCCAGAAGAGCUCCCAGGCCCGUGGUGAGCACUCACAGAGCUAUCGGCCCAUCAUCCAGUCGCCAGGCUACUCCUCCUCCUCCACCUCGUCCUCCAAGUCCAAGAGCUACUCAGCCUCGCGGCAGGCCCAGAGAGGCGGGGCCGCUGGCGCUGCCGUCACCCCCAAGUGCCAAAGCAUCUCCUCCAGCGGCCAGUCGCACAUCUUCUCCUCAUCUGCCCCCAAGGCCAGCUCGGUGAUCUCCACCCAGGCCCAGGCCUACUCCCCGGGCCAGUCACAGGCCCUGCUGGGCCUGAGCCAGUCCCAGAGCUACACGGUGUCCCAGGCCCAGAAUCUGGCGGUGGCGGCGGUCACCCAGUCACCGGGCUUCAGCUCCAGUCAGUCGCAGGACCUGACCGCGGUGAGCAAGGCCCAGAGCUACUCGGGUAAUCAGCAGCCCCAACCCCAGCCUCAGCCCCAGACGCAGCAGCAACAACAGCAGCAACAGGCCCUGCAGACCUGUGUCAGCCAGGCGCAGAACUACUCUCCGGAGCAGCUCCAGGGCCUGUCGUCGGUGGGCUCCAUCCAGAGUUACAGCGUCCAAUCAGAGCCCCACUCCUCGGCCACGCAGGGACAGAGUUACGGUCCAGCCCACUCACAGGGGAUGCCGGCGGCCAGCCCCUCCCUCAGCUACGCCGCCGGACACUCCCCGGCCUUGAGCUCCCACGGGCCAUCCAUCGUCUACUCCUCGGCCAGCCAUGUCCAGAACCUGCCGGCCGCCAGCCCCUCUCCCAUCAUCCGGCCCCUGCAGUCCCCGACCAGCAGCCGGCCUCAGGGGGUGGGCUCCCCAGGCCAAUCCCAGAAGUACCUCUCCUCCGUGCUGUCACCGUCCUUCAUUCAGCCCCCUCACUCUCAGGCCUUCCAGCCCUCGCAGGCCCCCCUGGAGCGGGCGCCAGCCUACGGCAAGGCCAAGGCCGACCAGGAGCUGCUGGCAUCGGAGCGGACGGAGGACGAGGAUUUUCUGAUCCAGCACCUGCUGGACUCGCAGAGCCCGCCACGGGUCUCAUCGCAGAGCCUGGCCGAGUGCGAGGAACGGGCCCCCAAGGGCAUGGUCUACGAGAUGUCCAAGUCUGAGGAGAGGUACCACCUGCAGAGUGUCAUCCGUACCAGUUCGAGUUUGGACAGCCAGGUCCUGGAGAUGUCGUUGCAGGGUCUGAAGGAGAAGAAGAAAGGCGAACGGCAGAAGGAAUACGGCCGCUCCUCCUCGGACGCCCUGGUCACCUCAGUGGUGCACUACAGCCACCAGCCCAACAGCAUCGAUGGCCUGGCGCAGGACAUCAAGAAGACGGUUGACCACCUCCAGGGAGGGCCCCACUUGGAUGGUUCCGGAAAGGAUCUUGGCGCGGGCCACUCGUACAUGCAGAAGACCCCGGAGCCGGGCUCCCGGGCACACCACCUGGGUCCCGACUCCUCGCAGCUGGAGAGCCACGGGAUCCUGCAAGGCCAGGCUGGCUCGCAGCUGAUGCUGGAGGCCUCACCGGAGAUGCAGCUGCCUCUGGGUCACCAGAACCCUGGGCAGCCAUCGCAGCUGCUGCAGUCGGUGCUGACCCACACCCAGAGCCAGCAGCAAGCCCAGCAGCAGAUGCUGGAGGCCCACCUGCAGAGCCAGCAGCUACAGGCCGCCCACGCCCACGCCGCGGGCCUGGACUCCCGCCUGCUGCCCGGGGAGGCCCGCUCGCCCCAGCUCGCCCCGCCCGACGCCAUGGAGCGGCUGCCGCGCUCUGAGAGCAUGCAGCCGCAGGAGAUGCAAGAGUUCCUGGAGCCUGAGCUCCACCUGGAGAGCCACCUGGCCCAGGCCGGUCAGGUCCAGCAGCCUCAGCAGCAGCAGCAGCCUCAGCCCCAGCCCCAGCACCUGCUCCCCGAAGCCAGCGAACCGCUGCGCCUGGACAGCUCUGAGGCCUCCCAGCAGGUCUCCCAGCAGCAGCUGGAGGGCAAGGACCAGUUUGGCCAGGGCAGCCCGCAGAGCGGCAAGCAGCGGUUUGUGCCGCUCACCUCCAUCUGCUUCCCAGACUCCCUCCUGCAGGACGAGGAGCGCAACUUCUUCCCAGGGAUGGAGGACAUGUUCUGCUCGGCGCCCUGCAGCAGUGAGGAGUACAGCAAGCAGUCGUGCGGCGACGAGGCCGGGCAGCCGAUGGACAGGAGCGACGGUGGUGGUGGCAUGAAGUCCGGCUUCGACAUGAUGCACUCGGGCCAGAGCUUCCCGAGCUACUGUGCCCCCGAGCCCGGCGGCGGGCAGCAGAACGUCCACCUGGACCUCAAUCCAGUCGCCCUGAAGCCGGAGCUGGAGCCGCCGAGCGUGCAGGCGGAGCACCUGGGCCUGACCCCGCCUGCCCACGGGGGCCCCCCCACCGGCGCUGACCUCAAGUCGCCCCUGACUACCGCCAGUUUCUGCUCCAUGAAGACCAAGAAGUUCCUGAAGACCUCCUCGCUCCACUUGCUGAAGAAGAAGGACUCGCCGCCACAGCCCCCGAAGAAGAACUACGCCCAGGAGUACGAGUUCGAGGACGAAGAGAAGGAGGAUGUGCCGGCCGACAUCCGGCUCAACAACCGGCGGCUCCCCGACCUGCUGCCCGACCUCAUCUCCAGCUGCCGGACCCGCACCAACCUCAGCCCCGUCUCCGACAUUGACUUCUGUUCUGGCAACAACCUGAACGGUGGCAAGAAGAAGGCCAAGAGGGCGUCCAAGCCAAAGGAGAAAGGGCCCCCGAGACCCCGGGGCCGACCGCGGAUCCGGCCCCUUGAGCCCCCCCAGGGCGUGGCUCAAGACGGACCCAAGAAAAGGGGCCGGGGCAGGGGAAGGGGCAAGAAGAUCACGGAGAAUGAAAACGAGGGCUUCAAAAUGGAGAAGCCAGUGAAACCCGGCAAGGGCAAGGUUCAAGGGUCAAAGGCGAGUGAGAUUUUGCCCAUCGAGCCUCCAGAGUCUGUCCCAGCGGAGAGCGUCUUGGAGAACAGUCAAACCCAAGAAAAGAUCAAAAAGAAAAUAAAAGAGGUGGAGGAGAAGCAGCCGGAAAUGAAAUCUGGAUUCAUGGCCUCGUUCCUGGACUUCCUGAAAUCGGGAAAAAGGCAGCAGCUGCCAGCCACGACCUCCAGCCCGCAGAAAGGACGCCCCUCAUCGGUCAUCAACCAGCCGUCGCAGGCUUCCUUCGGCCUGGCACAGUCAAUGCUGUCAGGGCCUCUGGACGCCUCGGAGAGCGACAGCCUCAUGAGCUGCGCCAGCCCCUGCAAGAGGUUCGACGACGACCUCAAGAAGAACCUGGAGACUCUGCCGUCAUUCUCGUCCGACGAGGAGGAUUCCGUCAGCAAGAACCAGGACCUGCAGAAGAGCAUCACCUCUGCCAUCUCUGCCCUCUACGACCCGAUGGAUCGCAAGGAGAACGACACGACAGAUAAUAUGACUGUAGAAGAUAAAGAAGUCAGCACAUCGCCUUCUGAGGCCUCCCAGCCAGAGCAGCCCAUACCCCCAUCUCCAGUCUUGCCGAAGGAGUCAAUCCCAGAAGAAGAACCUUCUCCUGCCCCUGAAUCCCCACCACAGCUGGAAGAGAAGGAGGCUCCUUCCCCGGUCAAGCUAGCCAAGAAACAGGACACGGUGGCCAUUUAUGGUGAGACUGAUGAAGACGAUGAGGAGAGUGGUGGAGAAGGUGCCAUACGGAAAUGGGACGAGUUUGUCAUCAAAAUUGAUGACAUUAAGGAACUUAAGCUUGCCAUGCAGGCGGGAAGCGAGCCUCCUCCAAUCUGGCGGGUGCAGAAAGCCUCACUGCAGCAGUUUGUACCUGAGGUGCGGGAUGGUCAGCGCCACUUCUCUUCCAGUGCUCAGUAUAUCGAGUACCCGGAUGAGGUGAAGACUGACUACCAGCGGCUGUACGUGAAGUUUCUGGAGAACGUGGAGAAGAAGGACUAUGUGCGGAUCUGCUCGAAGAAGCCCUGGCACAGGCCCCUGCACCUGGCUAAGAAGCAGGACUCUGUCGCCAUCUCUGGCGAGACAGACGAGGAGGAUGAAGAAAGCGGAGGCGAAGGUGUGUUCCGGGAGCGUGAUGAGUUUGUCGUGAAGAUCGACGACAUCAAGGCACUUAAGCUCGCCAUGCAGGCAGGACGGGAACCUCCACCCAUCUGGCGAGUACAGAAGGCCUUGUUACAGAAGUUCACCCCCGAGAUCAGGGAUGGCCAUCGGCAGUUCUGUGCAACCAGCAAAGUAAGGACACUAUCGCUGGCAAGAGGGCAUUUGCAUUUGUACAGUGCCUUUCAUGACUUCGGGGUGCCCCUUUACAGCCACUUUACAGUACUCCUCCUUGAGUGUCAGCCUUGGUUUUUGUACUCAAGUCCUGGAAUGGGACCAACUAGUUUCCCAUCACCCCCGAUGACUGCCAUCCUGGCUGAGUCCCCACUGGAUUUUACCCGACAGGGUCAAGAGUGUGGCAAGGGUAGAGAAUCUAAAUGUAACACUCCCUCUCCCGAUACUGACUUGUCUCAAAAUGUAACACUCCCUGUUCUGGUACUGAUUUGUCGAAUUUGGUGCUUUAGACGACAGAGCCAGACAAAGACCACUCCGAAUCGAGUACCGGUUGUGGUUAAACCAGAGCCGCCUGCUCGGCCAGCAUCAAAACCCAAGCAAAGACCAUCCAAAGCCAAGGCCGAGCCGCCUCCAAAGAAGAGGAAAAAAUGGCUGAAAGAAGUUGCUUCAUCAACGGAAUCGGACUCCACCCCCAACCAGCAGAGUGAAGAGGAACGGAUCCCAACUGGCCGCAUUCUGAAUACACGAGCAAUGAAGGAGAUGUACAAGAGUUACAUUGAACUAUUAGUCAGUGCGGCCCUUGACCCAGCCAUGAUCGAGACAAUUGAGGCCAACAAUGAUGAACUUUAUUUACCAACCAUGAGGAAAAUUGAUGGAAUUUUAACAGAACAUAAGAAACGCGUGACAAAAAGAGUGUCUCUGAGCUCCUCACUCCAGGAGGGGCUGCAAGCGUUCCCCCAACUGGUUGUUGAGGACUGCGAUGCGGACCGCAAGGACAACCCGGCCAGCUCGGUGAAGUUAAACGUGGCUGGGACACCCUAUAACCGGAAGACACUCAACCAACUAAAGAAGAAUGUACCACGGACACAGGACUUCCAAGUGGAGGCGGAGAAAUUGCAGUUUUACACUUUGUUCCACUCCCUCCAUCACUACAAAUACCACACAUUACUGCAUUGUAAGGAGCAGACGGACACUCUGUCGGAGGUGAAUGAGGACCUGGGCCAGGAGGAGAUUGUGCAGCAGUGUAUGCGGAAUGUAGCGUGGCUGGAGAAACUCUUUGACUCGUUCAGCGAGCUCCUUACACAGGUGCAGCAGCAGUGUGCGUGACACCUCCCGCGAUCAACAAGGCUGCCCAGGACUAUCCUUUUUCUCUCUCUCAUUCCUCCAUUCCCCCUUCACUCCAUCCCAGAUCCCCCCUUGCUGCCACUAUGUUGUUCCCAGUCCCGGUCCCUCCCUCCGACGCUGGACUCUUCGUCCAAUCCGAAAGGACAUAGGACUUGACAUCAGUGAUCAGUGGAGCUGGCCUGACUUUCAUCACCGGAUUUACGGUUUUAUUUUUUGGGAUUGUUGUUGUUGCUGUGCAGUGAUUUCAGUACAAAAAUAUUCAGUUAGGAUUGUUGAAUGACUUAUGACUUUCUUCCUUGCCCCUCAGAUAAAUCCUGACAGCCUAGGCCUCGACCUGCUCUCAGAGUAUUGAGGGACAUUGAGGCUUUAUGAAAAUGGCAGCAGAUGUGGGGCAUGCUGGGAGGAAGGAGUGUGGAGGAAAUGCCCAGUUGAACGCCUUGCAAAAAAAAUGUGGUAGUUCCUUUUUUUGCAACCCCUCCACCUCACCCACCUUCUGAACAUGCUAUCUGCCGUUCGAUGAGAUGAGUUGUGGCCUACUCACCAAUGCUCCAUUUGAGGGUCACGUAUUAAUCUAAUUGAUUAACGGUUUCCUUUCUCUCUGGUGAAACUGCGUAAAAAACACAGCUGGAAGGUGGGUGUUUGAGGGGAUGGGGUCAGUGAUCAAAAUGGCUUCCACACUGGCCAUGGUGACCUGAAGUGUAGCAGAGAAAGGCCUGCAACAGAGGAAAAGAAACAGUGUUUAAAAAAAAGAAAAACAACAUUAAGACAAAGGUUACAUUUUCUUUUAUUUUUUAAAAAAGACAAACUUUCAUUUAAGUUUAGGUCAGACUGCCUAUCACGAUUUGUCUUUUAAAAACAAAAAUGAAUUCAACCCCUUCGGGAAAGUAAACUAUGAUCGUAUCCUUGCCUUUAAUCACAAUCCACUCCCUCAUUCUCAAUUUUCCUCAGAUUCCAAAUUUUCUAAAGAGAUAGUCAUUAUUGGUUGGAGCACUGCCUCCUUUUACUCUGAUCCGAUCCGGGUCUCAUGUGGUCAGCAAGGCAGACUGCCUUCCGUUGGUUAUUCCUAGUGUUGGAUAUGUGAGAUAAUGGAUAGCCCGAUAUGUGAUAGCUGAUACCUCACUGCUCUGGGCAGGUUGCUGACAGUGGAGGUGAGGGUGGCAAUGUUUGAGUUAUAAUUGUCUUGUUCUUCCCUCCCCAAUCCCCAUUCCACCCCUACUCUUUCUAACACGUCGCUGUCUGACUCUUGUCAAUUUGGAAGUUGUAAACUAUCACUGAUUCAGCCUGAUCUGUUGUCCAGUACUGAUUCUUCCAUCACUAAUCUCACCUGUUCCCUGAACGCACCUCCUUUAUGCCAUCCAGUCCCAGCCCCCCAGCCCCUUGGCAUUUGCUUAACCCUAACACCCCCCAAUACCCCCACCUCCUUUCCAAAGGCAAAUUCCUGAAUAUAACAACUUGACCUAAUUAUUGGUCGGUCCAGGGGAGAGGGCGUGGAUUUUUUGUUCCCUUUGUAGGAGGCAAGAACCAAAGUCAGAGGUGAGCAAAAAAUGUCACACACGUAAACCAUCAGGCCGCUUGACUGACCACCUGGGUGGGAUGCUCCCUAUCCAACUGUCCCACUGGGCACCCCUUGGCUUUUCCUGAGUGUUAGGGAAGGGGGAUUCCCUUGAGUAUUGUGCUUCCCUUUCUCCGAAUACGCCAUUUUACUCAGUCACUUGCUUUCUUUGCUUGUCUCAUGAGCUGCUGAUGUGGUGUGCCAGCUACUUGAGCAGAGAUCUGAUUGCGAUGUUAUAUUUGGACUUUUCCCCGGCCAACUGACCAGGACAGAGUUAGGAUAUAAAAUAGGCAACUUGUCAACAUGUUAAGUGUUUCUGCAGAGAUUCCAGUGCUCUCCUAAUUUGGAAACUUCAAAGUCCAAUAUAAAUCUUUUCUUUUUACUGCUCGAGCAUUGGAGGUGAGGUGGGGUGGGGGAGGUUGGAGUGAAUUGCUGGCUUGUCUAACUUGUGCUGUCUCUAAAUUGAUCUUAAUUAUGUGGUUAGAGUUUUGAGAAGCCAAUGUAUCCAGUCAGAUAAAGUCUAUGCAGAUGCCAUGGUGACUGGGCUAGUUUGCCAGUCAAACCUGACCCCUGAUAUCUGUUUUCCCAUUUUGGUUGCUUACCCCUCCCAAUGGCCCCACCCCCUUUUCCGAUCCCAACAGGUAAACAAAAAGCUGAAGGGUUCUAUUUGUAAGUUCGUGUGCUUAAUAAGUUAAAUUGAACCGAGAUGACGUGAAAGUGUAGGAAUGAGAGAUUGAAUGCUGGAUCAGCCAUGUGCUGCAUAUUUAAUGAAUGGCUUUGGGUAACACUGCAAAUGGCUGCCAUUCAAGUGGGCACGUGACUUAAUACUCAAAAUGGCUGCCUUCAAAAGGACAUGUGACUGGAUGGUCAAAAUGGCUGCCACUCUGGAGGACAUGUGACUGGAUAGUCAAAAUGGCUAUCAUUCUGGAUAUGAGGCAGCUGGACACUACAGAUGGCUGCCUCCUUGGAGGGUGUGUAAUUGAAUAUUAGAGAACAGAUGACUGUAAAUAGCUACCAACUUCAAGAAUGAGUGGCAACUGAACACAAUUUUACUCUGGACCUGGGAGGUUGGGUGCAAAUGAAAAUUUGAAAUGGCUGCCAGUCUGGGAUGGAUAUGACAUAUGGCUGUCAGUUGCAAAGGGCGAAAGACUCCAAAGAUUGAUUUCUUUGGAAACAGGUCCCUCAAUCAAAGAAGACAAUCCUUCCCUCCGAAAAUAGGCCUUGUUAGGCAAUCCCACCGCACCCCUGCACCACCUUAUAACCUCCCACCUACCCCCCUCAAAAAUAACUUCAAAAAGAUGAACAGUCUAACGUUAGCAGUUGCUUCAAAGAAAGACAUCCUGGGGUCCCAUUGACAUGACCUUGGUGGAUGUAGGACAGGAAGGGAAAACCGGGAUGGCAAGGGUGGUGGGUUGUGAUGCAGGGGAGGGGAGAAAUCCCAGUAAGAAAGGAACUCUGUGGGGAGCAGCUUUGAGCUUUAUUUAAAAACUCAUUAAGAUGAGGUUGAGUGUGACACACUGCAGCAGGUUUUGGACCUAACUUUCCGAUUUUAAUCAAUUAAAAGAAAAUCUCCCCCUCAUCCUUUUAACAAGAGAAUUAACUAUUUAAAAAAAAACAAAAAAAAAAUCUAACGCUGGCUGAAUAUAAUUUAAUCAAGUUUUCAAGUUAUUUAAAUGCAUUUUACUGAUUCCAUGUCUCUCUUUCCUUCCAGUAAAACAAUUUUACAAAAAAAAAAUUAGAUUCUGUCCUUCUUGGGUGCUGAGUUCUCUGAAGCGCUUUUUAAAAUAGUGGCUACAUGCCAAAUCUCCAGUGUAUAUAUUGUACAGAGCAAAUGUCCAUGUACUAUAUUAUAUUUGAGAGAGGUAAUCAAUUCUUAACAGAGGAAAAAAAAAAUGCAAGGUUGCUUAGCUGUGAUGUUCAGUCUGACUGGACCUUAUUAGUACCUGGUUUAUAUAAUAUGUUCUGAGACUUGUCAAGUGUCCUAUUUUAUUCAGAAAGGUAGUUUACGACAAAAUGGAUUGGUGCACCCCUACACAGAGAGACAGCAAGUGGGGGGAUGAACUUGCCUGUGAUAGGAUUUGUCUAACCCUCCCACUUUAGCAUAACAGACUCGGGCACCCUGAACUAAUGGCUGCAGCCCUACGGGUGUGGAUCUCGGUUGCUGCCAGGAGUUGGGCAAUAAUUUCAGUUCCUUGGAAGUGAGGGACAAAUGGAAAUGAAAUUCAGCCAGAACUGCUGCUCCUGAUGCCAUUGAAGCCCCCACUGUCUGCAGCAUUACGUGUGUGUGUGUGUGUUUGCGAGAGAGAGAGAGAGAUAAGAGACUGAGAAGAACAGUACAGCAGAGUAACGAUGCUUAUCUCAGUUGGAUUUCACAUGGGGCAUCUGUCAGCUCAGGGUGUUGCGCGGGGCUAUGAUGCCUGUCCGGAUUGAACACACACCAUGACUCUCUGGGCUUGUGCGCGAAAGCAAGUCACAGGGAAGAAUGACAGUGUGAUCGGAGGGUAGAGUAAACCUGUAGAGGCAGUCAUUUUCAUCUCUGGUCAAUCUGAUGGCCACAGUGGAAGAUAUUAGCUGAAAGAUGCCCUGUUCUGAACUGGGAUAUCAAUUUCUGACUGCAUAAUGUGACACUUGUCUGGUUUCCAAUUUUCCCCUCAUGUGGCUAUAUCCAGAAAUGACAUUUUUGCCCCAUUAGUUUUUGUGAGCACUUCAAUAUUAGGCAUGAGAUCCCAACUUCACCGAAACCCCAAAAGGCUCUGGUAAUGAUAUCACUCCUAGCCAACCAUCUGUAUGAAUGUGCCUGAGAGUGAUGCUGCUUUUUAUCUUUCUUCAGUCCCUGAGUUUUGUUCCCCUUUGCACAUUGUGUACAUAAGACCACAAGGCAUAGGAGCAGAAAUAGGCCAUUCAGCCCAUUAAGUCUUUUCCACCAUUCUAUGAGAUCAUGGUUGAUCUGAUAACCCUCCACUCUACUUUCCUGCCUAUUUCCCUUAACUCUUGUUUCCUCACAUAUUAACAACUUGUCCAUCUCAGCCUUGAAUAUACUUAAUGACCCAGCCUCAACAGAUCUCUGUAGUAAAGAAUUCCACAUGUUCACUACCUCAGAGCAAAAAAUUUACUCCUCAUCUCUGUCUUAAGUGUAUAACCCCUUAUUCUGAGGUGAUGCUGUCUGGUCCUAGACUCUUCCCACAAGGAGAAACAACCUCUCCAUAUCUACCCAGUCAAGCUCCCUGUAUUUUUCAAUAAGGUCACCUCUCAUUCUUGCAAAUUCCAACAUUACUGGCCUAAUCUCUCAAGCUUUAUCCUCCAUACCUGGAAUCAGCCUACAAUUCACUGUGUGAAAUUCUGGUGGAUUCACAUCUAUAUAGCAAUGCAACAUAGUUGCUGUUGUCAUUGUGGGAAACAUAGAGCCAACACUUGAGCACAGCAAGCUCCCACAAACAGCAAUAUGUGAAGGACUGGAUCAUCUGAAGGUUGGAAGAUCCAUGUAACCCCAGUCGAGGCAAAGCUUCCCUGGCCCUGUUCUUCAGAACACUGCCACUAAAUUUUCUAUGUAGCCUGACUGAAUCUUCUAUGUAGCAUCGAAAUGCCUGACUGAAUGUUAGUUGUGCAUCUCAUCACCACCACCAAACCCCCGACCCCCCAAAAACUUUUAUGGCACUGAUCAGCCCAUUGUAUCCAUACUAGCCUUCUGUAGAGUAAUCCAGUCAGUCCUGUUCCCCGGCUCUACUAUUGUCUCUAGUAUCUCGCUCAAGCAGACAUUCCUCUUGUGUUCACACAUUGCUAUGGCGAUUGUGUAUUGGCUGUUUAGAAAAGUUGGCACAUUAUCAUGAAGCUUCAUUCCAACAUUCAGGCACUUGUCCACCAGCACUGUCACUGGAUUGUAAUCUGAAGUAAGAGCCUGUAGCUGAAUCAAUGGAAUGAGAGAGUUGAUUUAUUGAGUCAUUAUGAUUUUUGAGUAUCCUGUGGAUUAAAAGAACUUUUAGGGUUUACUUUUCACUAACUUAUCAAUAAUGUUUGGAUUGGUGACUGUGUGUCUGUGUGAAUGGAGCAAACAGUAGGUAACCCUUGGAUAUGGGAAAUUUCUUCUGGCCAGGGCCACAGGAAUCUUCUAGAACUUUCAUUAUAUGAUGUAUUGGGUUGCCAACUCUGGCUGGACAAUUUCCUGAAGGUUUCAUCACAUUGACAACCUCCCAAUCACAAAAACUUUGUAACAACUAAAAACCCAAAAGCUUUCGAACUGAAAUGUCAAAAUGUUUCCUUGAUCUUGUUCCCAGGUUUUAGCUCCUAACAUUUUCCAUGGAGAUUAACCUAUUUUUCUGAUUGACCUGUUCGGGGGUGUUAUUACACACCUCUAGAGCAGGUGGGACUUGAACCCAGGCCUCCUGGUCCAGGGGGUAGGGACACUAAUGCUGUGUCACAAGAUUGUCAUCCCCUGGAGAUUAACCUUAUUUGUCAACCUCGGAUACACCUGCCCAAACAAGGAGCAUUGUCAACCCUAGACAGGUGAUGCCAUUUUUUCUAAUCCCUGAACCACGCCUGUAUCCUCUCACUGGAUGCUGCGGUUGUAAACUGAGUGUUGACCAUCAGUUUACCAUUCACUCUUCUUGAAAUGUCCUGGGAGAUGCCCAUUGGUUUGGUGAAACUAGUUGGGACUUUGGGAAGGGGGAAGAAGGAUUUUUCAUUGGAUAUUCUUCCUGAAAUCACUAUUGUCCUGCCCUCUAAACAAGCUAUUGAGCUUGUUGCUCCUGUUAUUUAUGUGUACGGUCCACCCUUCACUGACUUGCUGGGUCACUUCAGAGGGCAAUUAGGAGUCACCCACAUUGCUGCAGGUCUGCCACAUUGCAUUUAGGCCCAUCUGGGUGAGGAAAGCAAAUUUUCUUCCUAAGGGGAACCAGAUAGAUUUUAUUUCUAAUUAAAGUUAAAAUUCCCCAGCUUCCAUGAUGGGAUUUGAAGGCAUGUUUCCCGAUCAUUCAUCCAGUAAUAUUCCCUUUACUGCUGAAGUAGAUGAGUGAGAAAAACAAGUGAGUGAUUGGACCUGGGGAAUUUUAUUUUCUUUUAGAAACAGGGGAAUUUGCUAUUAAUUCUCAGAAGGACUACUCCUUCCCUUUUCUAGGGACUUUUCAAGAGAAUGAUCAAGACAGUCCUAAAAAUAGCCACUCCUUGUUGGUGCCCCGAUGAACCAGUUGAGUUUCUUACUGUCAGUCUGACACCACUUUGAAGAUUCCUGAGUGGGACUUGGGUAGCCAACUCUGAUUGAAUGGAUACCUGAAGUUUCAUUGAGUAAUCUCUAACAGCCUCAUUGCCUGCUCACCCUCCACACCUAUCAUCAUGACGUUUCCACCUUCCCACAGCCACAAUGUCCUCCUCACCUGUCGGUUUUUUCAUCCCUAUUUUUCUAAUUUUUGUUUUAACCCAAAGCAAAGUCCAGUUUUUUUUUCAUUUUCCAUCCAGUUAUCUUUCAUGCCCAAUAUAAUUGUUCUUUCUCUCCACUGGGUUUACUAAUCUCAGCAACGUCCUCCGCAAUGAACCUUUAUAAUUUUUGAAGGUUCCAGGAUAAUCCCACAGGAGCUGGCAACCACUAGGAGAGUUGGGGACUGAAGGGUAUGAGUGCAACAUGGUUAGGUGGUGGGGUGGGAAGGGUGGAGUGAGGGGUAAACAGUUUAAGAAGUGUCUCAACAUGUCACAGAGCCCCUUUCCACUGGGGUGGCACAUUUGAUGACUAGGAGUGUGGGAGACCACCUUGCACACUUAAACUAUGUUUUAAGUUUCUGCAGUUUGCUUCUAAAGGCAGCGGUGUUGGCACAUUUUAAACCUUUUUUGUUGUAAACUACUUUUCUGAGUUGCAAUGUUUUCAUCCCUCUCACAGACACACAUACACACACACACUUUCUCUCUCUCUCUCUCUCUCUCAUUAUGUACUACUUAUUAUUGACUUUUUUUAAUGACGUGUUUUAACUGUACAAUGUUAUGGCCUGAAAGGUAUUGUUACUGUUUCUGAUUUGUGUUUCUGUAUUGAUGUUACAUAUAUUAUAUAUUU